AUGACCGCUGCUGAUGUGCCUUCGCUGGAGCCUCUAGAAUCAACCCCAUUGUUGCGCGGGACUCCAGCUGCCUUUCAUGGAAAUCCCAAUGGACUGGCUUCAGACGACUCACUCCUUUCAAACGAGGUUGACGAAGAAUCCUUGGACCUUGAUCUCGCAAAAGUUCAAUCGAUCCCUCAUGGGGGCGAAAUAGAACCCGGCUUCCCACCAGCCCACCAGGGCAGUGCCAUCGCACCCAGCUACGGCAGUCUGUCAUCAUCGGAAGCGGUGGCAUCCAAAAACAUAUCGAGCAAGGUUUCGGGACAAGCAAACCACUUCAUAAAUGUUACCCCUGCACAGUUCUGGACUAUUUUCGGCGGAAUUCUAUUCUCGUACCUGAUUGCGUUUUUCGACUCGACUUUAAUGGGCUCCAUCCACCCAGUCAUCACAUCUCACUUCAACGCCGCCAACUCCGCCUCGUGGCUCUCGACUGCAUUUCUGCUUACGUGCACGGCCUUUCAACCUGUUAUUGGCCGUCUCUCGGAUACCUUUGGUAGACGGCCUCUCUAUCUCGUUACAAUUUUCAUCUUCUUCGUAACCACGGCUUGGUGCGCGUUGGCGCAGAGUAUGGGGAGUUUCAUUGCCGCAAGGGCAUUUUGUGGCCUUGGGGCCGGUGCGGUGACUUCCCUCGGCAUGAUCAUCAGCUCUGACCUUAUAUGGGUGGAAUACAGAGGAAUCUAUCAGUCUUAUAUCAAUUUAUGCUAUGGGACAGGUGGUUCUCUUGGGCUGGCCUUUGGUGGUGUGUUGGCCGAUUCUUUCGGCUGGAGGGCAGCGUUUGGGAUACAACUUCCUUUCAUCUUCGUGUAUCUAGUUGUAGCUUACUUUACCACCCCUGCAUCCCUUGGGCCGGAGCUGGCGAAGAAUGAAGGAUACACCCUCCGGCAAGCCAUGAAGACUAUCGACAUUAAAGGUUCCGCCUUGCUCGUCGUUUGCGUGACGGCCUUGAUGCUUGGAAUAAACCUGGGAGGAAACGUUUUCUCAUGGAGCCAUCCACUGGUCAUUUCUUCCCUUGUUGUAUCCGGUGUGCUUGUGGCCCUCUUUGUCAAGGUGGAGGCAACAGCCACUCGACCGGCCAUGCCCCUGCCACUACUCCACAGCGCCCCAAGAGCAAAUUUGAUAAUAUCAAAUUUUUUCGGUAACAUCGCCAUAAAUACUGUCCUUUUCAACGCACCCCUCUUCUUCCAGGCGGUGAAACUGGAGUCACCCAGCGCUGCAGGCAUAAGAUUACUGUCUUCUUCCCUUGGUCUCCUGGUCACCAGCGUGUCUACAGGGUUUCUCGUAACCUGGAGCCGCCGACUGACGCCCACGCUCAUACUGGGGUUUGCAUGCCUGCUCUGCAGCGGAAUUUUCACAUCCAUGCUAGGGAAAGAUAUUCCAACGUGGAUAGCAAUGAUUCUUAUCGUACCGUCAGGAUGUGGUCAGGGUUUCGCAUUCCCCACAACCAUGCUGUCGGUUCUUGCUGUCAGUGCCCAAGACGAACAAGCGGUGGUUACGACAACGCUUGGAUUGUUCCGCAACCUUGGCUCCGUGAUGGGUGUCGCCAUUAGCAGUUGGGCUUUGCAGAAUGCGCUCCUCUACUAUCUAGAUGGAAAUGUAUCGGGACCAGAUAAAGCAGAUAUCAUCCGGCAGGUUCGCAGAUCCAUCAGUGCCAUUUCUCAUCUUGAUCCGUUACAUAAAAUCGAAGUUGUUCAUGCAUACGAGCUGGCACUCCGCGUAACAUUCCUCUCGGGCAUCAUUUCUGCUGUGAUUGCAUUGGCUCUGGUUGUUCCAAUCAAGCUCCCGCGGCUGCGGCGAAAGGAGCGAAAUGUAUGA